AUGCUCUCACAUACCGUCCUCCAUGGCCCUCGUAUCUUGUCCCCCGUUGCAGCUUCAGCCUUGAAAGCACGUCGAACUCAGACGUUCAGAGCUUUUUACGCCACUAUUCGAAGUCUUCGUCAGCCUCCGCCCACUGUCGAGGUCGAUGAUCUCGAUCCACCAGAUAAUGACUUUAUUCUCUCCCUCCUGAGGGCCAAUCCAUCUCUGCGGGAUACUAAAUCUUACCUCGCGAAUUUUGGCGUUCGUCCACCAGUCCCGGAACAUGCCGGCUCCAUUUUCCCAUCCACUAUUCUCAAUGAUUCGACGCCAUCAUUUCCAAAAGAAGCCCCAGAUAUAUCUGUCAAUAAACAACCUGAACAGGUUAAACCUAGCCCGAGCCCCAUAUUGUCUUCUAUCUUGAAUCCCGUCUACCGUCGCACUGCUCUCGUAAAACUCCAGGGUCCGUUCACAAAUAAGCAGCUCGAUAGCAUUGCCAGGGGCAUGGUCUACCUCGAGACGCUCGGACUUGUCAGCGUCAUUGUUGUCGAAAAUGAUCAGGUCAGGGGCGAUGAUGGCGAGCGCUCCGCUCUCAUCGAAGAAGUUAUGCGAGUUGUCUCCGCAUUAGAAGCACAAGGUGCCGAGGCGCGCCCUGUCCUCGGCACCGUUGUCCGACUAGGUCCUAAACCAGAUGAUGACCAGCCUCCCGAGCCUCGUGAUUUUAUUCCCCCCGAAGCACAUGUCUUUCCAUCGGACCUUGUCGCCAUCCGUUCUGCUCUUCGCGCCGGGGAGAUCCCCGUUCUUCCUCCUUUUGCCCUAGACUCCUUCUGCAGAUCAGUACGGAUAGAUGCCAAUGACGUUCUUGGCGCCCUUGCUCGUGGCAUGGUUGAAGCUGCUGCACUUGACGACAAAGACAUGAACUCAAGACCUCGUGAUCCUCAUGCAGACUACUCUCAAGAUAUCAACCUCGUUCCUCUACGACUGAUGGUUAUCAGUCGGGAAGGAGGCGUCCCUUCCUAUGCCAGGACAGGUUUCCCUCAUCUCCUCAUCAACCUCACCUCCGAGUAUGACUAUAUCCGCGAUACCUACGACCCGUUAUGGUCCGAGGGAAAGCACUCUUCGCUUUCAAAUUUGUCCCUCGCGCGUACCUGCCUAGCGUACAUGCCGCCUACAUCAUCUGCCAUCAUGGUAUCUCACCGUUCACCGAGUUCCCUCAUCGCCAACCUCAUCACGAACAAGCCCGCCGUUAGCUCGAGCCUGCCUCAUGCACUUCUCCAAGGUAAUCGAAAGCUCACGCGGGACACGCCCACUCUUCUGCGUCGCGGUCUCCCAAUACAAGUCAUCCGCAGCCUUGCAGAUGUUGACAAAGCAAAGAUGAACCAUCUCUUGGAAACCUCUUUCAAGCGCACCCUCGAUGCUGACGCUUUCUACAAGCGCCUAGAAAAGACCCUCGAUUUGUCGUGGUUGCAGGAGAUUAUGUCGGCGCUGCCAUUCCACCAGGGUGACGGCACCGUCGACUUCUUGUGGGUGGCUCUCCAUGAUGAAUCUUAUGGUCUGGGCCACCCGUUCUCCAUUAACCCAAACGGGGGCAAGGAGGGCAAGGGUGAAGGCCGAGACCUUGUUUGGCGGAGUCGUGAUAACAACCCUAUUAAUAAGUGGUACUUCGAGCGUAGCUCCGGUCACAUGCGGAUGGGCUCAUGGAUCUUCUUCUGGUGUGAUGCCGAGAAACGCCUGAAAGUGGAGGAAGGACGCCGUGCUAAUGCUGGCCUUUCUUACAUAGAGGAAUGGGAGGGAAAUCGCUUGUCACAGUGGGCAGAUGUUAUCACCAAAAUUCCAUCUGUGUGGAAAUAG